UCUCUCGCUCACUUUCAAAGAAAAAAAAAUAACGAUAAAAAAUUGAAGAGCCGAAGAAAGAAAUAGGACAUCUGCAACAGUCGGAGGGAGAGCCUCUGCCUCAGACCACCGUUGGUUGUUGACUUAGAUUCGCUCGCUCGCAAAAUCAUCUUUCUGGAUUGUUGGUUUAUGGAUAAAUCAGAGACUCCUGAGGAGGUGACUCGAGAGUCGCUUAUUGCCAUUUCUAAUUCUCUACCAGAUAAGGACCCCACUUCAAAACUCUUGUCCGAAAAGUUGAAUGGUGAGAAUCUUGUUGGAGGGAUUGAUUACAGUGGAGAAGAGAAGUACAGGUCUAAGCUGAUUUCUAUUUCCUACACGCAGUCACCAGAUACUGGGGGUCUACCUGUUGCUGGGGGUCUACCUGUUACUGGGGGUCUACCUCUUACACCAGGAGGCCUACCUGUUACACCAGGAGGUCUACCUGCUACGCCUGGAGAACACAAGGGCUAGCCUGGAUAGCCGGUCCUGUCUAAUGAAUACUGUGGUAUGUUGUGCUGUAGAACUGUAGUAAUUUUGAGCGCAUGGAUAUGGUGAAUGGGUGAUGCCCUAUAUGUUUUUCUGGAAGUUGAUGUUAUUGUAAAAUAAAUCGCAUACAGAAUUGUGCACUGUUUUGAGUGGGGAAGCUUUAUUCAGGCUAAUGAAUGAAGAUACAUAACCAUCUUCCUUGCUAA